AUGGAUGUCGUGUUUUUGUCAGUCGAACUGCAAGCAGUGCUUACGACUUUGAGUUUGCCUUUUACGGCAUCGUGUAAACGAGCUUUCCUGUCAUCGGAUGUUGUCGAUGACGUGUGCUGUCUUGCUAUUGCUCGUGAAGAUGGACAAGUAUUAACAUUUCGAAUUCCUAAUUGGUCCACUUUAACAGGAACAUCGAAGGAUAAUCUACAGGCCUACUGUAAAGAAGUUCCUGUACAGCAGCUGCCUUUGCAAAUUUGUCAGCUGGGCAAUGGCACCUCUGAGACUCUCGGCGAUACUUUUGCAGCUUUCUCGUUUGUUCGGGUUCGUCCUUGCUGCAAUAACCGCUUUCUUAUGGGCUUAACCCUUGACGGUAUUUUCGUGGUGACAGACCUUUGGACUUUUUCCACUAUUCUGGAGAAGAACCUUCGUAGGAAUGAG